UCGUUAAGCCUUAAAAAGUAAUCCGGGAUUAUGUUUACGUUGCGUUUUGGAUCGAAAUGACAAUGAGAAGUAAGGCCUAACUUUUGUGAUAUAGCCUGUACGGGCCCUUAUCGGCCUAAGCCCAAUCGAAUAUGCUGCACUUGGGUCAAGCACCCGAAAGACGGGAAGCAAAGAAGGGACGGUUUGGUUUGUGUUCGACGCUAGUGUCGUGUACGUGGAUUUAAUUUAAUCCCCUAAGAUAAAAAUUUCCCAGUUAGGUUUUGGAAUAAAAAUCCCAAGUUUCUCUUCUUGAUUUGCUGUUUUGCUGUGUUCUUGAGAUAUGGCAGGGAGAGAAGUUCGUGAGUACACCAAUCUGAGCGACCCCAAAGAUAAAAGGUGGGGCAAAGGAAAGGACAAACUGGACGAUGAAGAUAUUGCUUUCCAGCGUAUGGUUGCCAAGAUGCAAGAGGUCGCUGGAGAACGUGGAGGCUACCUACAUGGGCGAGGCGCUUUGGACAGUGAUGAUUUACUCUAUCUCAAGGAGCAGAUGGAAGCAGAGGAGGAUGCUGAACGCCUCCUGCGCCGUACCGAGAAGCGGGCAUUUGCUGCAUUCAAGAUAUCCUAUUUUGAAUAUUUUUUGUGACUCUUGCUCCCCAUGCCAUUUAGAUUUUGAGCUUUUAUUUGGCAAAUAAUUAAUUGAAUUCACUGCCACGUGCUUUUAGUGCAUUGGUAUUUCUGUCAUUGUUCUUGCUUGUUGCCUGCUUUAUGUUUUGCUUCUUACAACAUUUUAUGCCACUUGGUAAAAAACAUAGGAUGAGCAUGAUUUUGUUUAAGGUAUUAUGUGCUGAAAUAUGUAGGUUCAUCCCUGUAACUUUUAUUUGCGAAGAGCUCAUGAUUGUUAAAGAAAAUGAAAAUUAUUUUGUUUGUUAUGGUGUUUCUCUUGUGUUAGAUCACGCAGUUUAGGUUGAGCAGAGUCCAAUUGUUCAUUGCUACUCUGGUUUGCUUUGAUUUUGUUGCAAACCAAGCAGCCGAUUCGUCAGUGGAAAGUAAUUGUCUUUUUCUUGAAUUUGUGUUCAUUUGAGUUUCUUGUUUUCUAAUUGCAAUUACUACUUUGAAAGAGGAGGAAGAAAUUGUUGUUUCCUCAAGUGAACUGUUUUAACAUAAACAUCGUUAUUAGUAGAAGUUCAACUUUCUAUGUUGCAUGUCUUAGAAUUCUAGCAUCAGUUCCCACUUUGUUUCCUCAGUUGCAUUAGAUUACUCGACGAGUUGUUUCAUAUCACACAAAGUUGAUCUUGAAUGCUGUAUAGUUUUGUCUACCUAGUACAUGUUUUAUAUUGGUGCUCACUUUUUCUUAACCAUUUGACACAAAGCUGCAAGUUUAGCAGAUUCCUCAGCUGCAUCCUUUCCUCUUCCUCUUCGAGUUGAACCCAAGCCAAAGAGUGGAAUCAGACAGCAAGAUUUGCUGAAAAAAGUUGUGGAAGUUAAACCCAAACGCCCCAAAAUUUCAUCCCCCUCCAGCUCUGAGCCUGAAGGGAAUCAAUCCAAUUUACAAUCUCAGGGGCAGGAGUCCAACCAUGAGAAGAAGAUUGAGCAUUGUGUUUCGGAAUCAAAUACAGCAGAAAAGCAGAAUAAGGUGGAAAAGUCUACCAAAUCCUUACUAGGCUUAGCCUAUGCAAGUUCUGAUGAUGAUGAUGAUGAUUGACUGAUAUAUACAUGCAUUUGACUUGUAAUCUACAUGAACAUGACUGUUUUUGUUUUUCUCCCUCCAUAACAAACGCUCACAUUUUGUAGUAGGUUUAAUAUCGUAUUUGACCUCUAGGUAUUUUAAGAAAAUUUUCAAUAUGGCAUCUUAUAAAAUAGUAUAAUGUGGAACUUGUAUCAUGUAUACUACUAUUUCUUGCGUUAUAUUGAGUUUGGUAUGUUAAAAA